CAGACAGAUCGAGAGAUCUACCAAACAAGCGAGCUACAAUGGCCUUCAAGUUUGCUAUCUUCGUCGCCCUCAUAGCAGCCGCCAAUGCCGGAAUUUUACAUUCGGCGGAACCUCUGGCCUAUGCUCCAGCAGCUCCGUUGGCUUACUCUGCUCCGCUAGCAGUAGCAGCCCCCAUAGCCAAGGCAGUAGUCGCUCCAGUAGCAAAGGCAGUGGUAGCCAAGGCCGUUGAUGCCGACUACGAUCCCCACCCUCAAUACAGCUACGCCUAUGACGUCCACGACAGCCUGACCGGUGACGCCAAGAGCCAACAGGAAACCCGCGAUGGAGACGUCGUCCAGGGUAGCUACUCCCUCAUUGAUGCUGACGGGACCAAACGAACUGUCGACUACACCGCUGAUCCAGUUAACGGAUUCAACGCAGUGGUUCGUAAAGAACCAGCUACCGUCGCUGUGAAAGCCGUAGCCGCCCCAGCUCCAGUAGCCUACGCCGCCCCAGUUGCCAAAUUCGCCGCUGCUCCAGUUGCGUACGCCGCUCCAGUUGCCAAAGCCUACGCUGCUCCAGUCGCCUACGCUUCUCCAAUUGUCAAAACCUAUGCUGCUCCAGUUGCCUACGCCGCACCAGUUGCCAAAACCUACGCUGCCCCCCUCGCCUAUGCCGAACCAGCCCAUGCUUUACUCCAUUGA